AUGGUGCGUGUUACUUCCGUGCUGCUGCUGGUGUCCUCGCUGGUGGCCCUCGCCUGCGGUCAGGUAGAGGAGGUACUGAAAUGGCAGAAGGUCGAGUACGACGUGCCUGCUGAAGUUCUCCAGGCCGAAAAUGGCUACAUUCCGAUCGGAAACGUACCGAUGGGAGCCGUUCAUUACAAGAAUCGAGUGUUCGUGGCCGUAGCCCGCCGCCGUUGGGGUAUCCCGUCCACGUUGAACGAAGUCGUCAUUUCGCCACCGUUCCCCAACACCAAUCUGGUGCUUAAACCGUAUCCUAGCUUUGCCCUCAAUGAGCUUCGGGCGGAUCUACAACCCGAUGUUAACCGCAUCGUGACGGUGUACCGGCCACGUGUCGAUCGCUGCGAUCGCCUGUGGUUUGUCGACACGGGCAUGAUGGAAAUCCCUGGUAACUUCACAAUCGUCCAGCGCCCCUCGGUAUGGUCGAUCGAUCUGAAAACGAACCAACCGAUCCAUCGCUUCGAAAUCCCCAAGGAAGCGGUCGACAGCGGUUACGGGCUGACCUCCAUCACGCUCGACGUCGAUCCGACCGACUGCGAGAAGGUGUUCGUGUACAUUUCCGACCUCCAGACGUACCGCAUGGUGGUGUACGAUUACGCCAACCGUCGCGCCUGGCGCUUCCUGCACAACUACUUCUUCCUCAACCCGCUAGAGGGCGACUACAACAUCCAGGGCAUCAACUUCGCCUGGGACGAUGGUAUUUUCUCGAUCGCGCUGGGCAACCCCGAUCCGGUAACGAAAUUCCGCACGGCGUACUUCCACGCCCUAUCCAGCAACUCGGAGUUCACCGUCUCGACGGAGGUGUUGCGCAAUGAGACGGCAUCCCGGCGCUCCUGGCAUGGGGGUGACUUCCAGCUGCUCGGGUACCGUGGUGGCCGCACUCAGUCAAGCAUCCACGCGUUCGAUCGCGAAACGGGUGUGAUCUUCUUCGCGCUGAUUCAACAGAACGCUGUCAGCUGCUGGGACUCGAACAAACCCUUCGCACCGCAGAAUAUGGCGAUCGUGUACAAGAACGAUCGGGACAUUGUCUACCCGAACGAUCUUUCGAUCGACCAGGAAGGCUACGUGUGGUUCAUGACCAACUCGAUCAUCAAGCUGCUCUACACCACGCUCAAUCUGGAUGAGUUCAACUUCCACGUGUGGCGCGCCAACAUCAAGGAGAUCAUUAAGGGAACCGUGUGCGAUCCGGCGGUACCACCUAACGUGCUCGCAGGCCAGCGUUUUGGAGAUGAAAACAACAACGAUCGUGUCACGUUCUACGAGUUUAAAGACAAGCACGGUCCGGGUGGUGGUCCGCACGGUGGCUGGGGUCAUGUGGCGAACCGUCCCGGUCGACGGCACUAAACGGAAGCGAGAGCUGACUGCGCAAAACACUAACAGGCCCCGUUUGUCAUUUGAAUUUUUUUUUUCGGUGGUGAAUGAGAACGACAAAUAAAC